AUGGAUGUGUCGAAGAACGAGUUGCAUCUCCUCGGCCUGCCCCUUGAAGUCCGCCUCCAGAUAUACGGCUGGGUCCACGUGGCACAUCCAGUAGAGCACGCGCAGCUCGCGCCGUGGUAUCCGAAUCCAAUACAUAGUGCGUACUUCUUGAGGCCCGUCAACCCCCCCGGAGUGGAAACUGAGGAUUGUGCCGUACCAGGGAAAAUUGUGAAAGCCAUCGGCCAACCUGCAGGAGAAGAGGACAAUUCCGACAGAGACCAAAAGUCCGAAGAGCCAUCGCUGCUAUCACCGAACCGUCCAAUCUCUGGUAUCCCCUCGGCGCUCCUGGAGACCAAUAGGCAAAUUUACAACGAGUGCCGGUCCUACCCCUUCCACACGAACGAGUUCGUCUUUGUCAACUGGUUCUCCUCAGGACUUUGGGCUGCGCGGGCCUUCACGCGCGGUCUGCGGCCAUGGCAGCGGGAUGAGAUGCGGUGGGCGAGGCUCGAGAUGCUCGGGCGGGACUUUACGGGCCCAGCGCUGAAGGAGUGGAUUGAGUUGUGUGAGCAUUGGUCCUUCGGGCUGCGGGGGCUGAGGCUCAAGGUCCUGAUAGGAGGUGGGAUAUUCGAACCCACUGCCCCCUUUUCCGCGCUGAAGAACAAUGCAGAGGCCCAGGCCAUGGGGCUGGGCUCCAAGACGACACGGCCCGACCCCAGGCCAGAAUGGAUCGAGGAAGGGCUGCGAAAGCUGAGGGCGUUGAGAAGGCUGGAGGUCGAGCUUUCGGUGCUGGAUUGGGGCGAUGGGGAAAAGCUCGAGUGGUGUGCUGAGCUUGGGAAGAUGCUCAACGUCGAUUCCUGUGUUCUCGUCAAAGAGAUCACAUACAUUCCCCUCAAAGAACAUCGCGAGAACCUUACAUUCACGUCAACUACUCACAGAAUAUCUGUGAAAAUGAACGGUCACAUUAUGCGCGGUCGCUUCCAUCCCCAUUGCCCUGAGUUCAGCAUUGACUAUUCUACUGCUUGGUCUCCUGAGGUCCGCAUUCCGGUUCUUAUCCUCAUCACUCUCUUCUUGAUGUCGAUGAACCCGACUGUCGCCGAUAUCAUUAAGGGUACUGUUUGGAUGGUUGUCAAGCCCAUUGCCCUCCUCAUUGGCUACUUAUCUGUCGCCAUCAUCCGCAUCCUGAUCUUCCUCUUCAUCGAUGGACCCAAGAUGAUCACCAUCCUCAUCACUCCCGACAGACGCGACAGCGUCGACUUCCUUGGCAUCGAUGUUGAGAACAAUACCAAGCUCAACGCCAUCUGGAGCCGUCUCCACACCGAGGAGGAGUGGGUUCCCGGCGGUGUCUUCGACAAGAAGUACAAGCCGUUCCUCCCAGCCCGUAAUAUGAAAAUGGCCGGCCCUCGUCAGAAGAAGGUCAUGACCCGCGACCGUGGCCUGUCUUGCUAA